CCUCCUCUUCAUUCGACACCAGAGGUACCUCUUUGUCCCCAAGUCGCGGCGUGGGUGAGUUGCUGUGGGAACACACAUCCUUAGAGGAUACCAGCAGGUGUACGGUAGGCUACAGACAGGCAGGCAGGCUGGCAGCAGGCAGAACAUUACCAUUUUCCACAAACACACUGCCUGCGAACUAUAGAGACCAUAUGAAAGUGUGGUGUCGAAGAUUGAAGGGGCAUACAGGGCUUCCAUUUUGUAGGAUCCAUUAAGAGGAUACAGAGGAAAGUUGUUCUUGGGAGCAGUAAUGAAUGGACAUCCCUCUGCUGCUGCCGCAGUCAUACUGUUUGGCUACCUGGUGUCACUCUGCAAAGAUGUUUCCGUGGCAAUGGAGAUCACCUCCUCAGGACCCCAGACUCUGCAGAUGGCCCAGGGGGAUGCAGUGACUCUGGGGUGCACCUACUCACCAGGGCCCCUGGAUACUGGGGAGCUGGACAUCGAAUGGUCCAUUGUCAGCCCCGACACGACCCAGAAAGACCAGCCUGUCAUUUCCUACACUAGUGGGAGGAAGUACAUCCAUGGCAACCCUGACCUGAUGAAGGGCUUGGACUUUGCGGCGGGAAACCCGUCCAAUGGCGACGCCUCCCUGUCGAUCUCCUCGGUGUCGGGCGGCCACAGUGGAGUCUACCAGUGCAAGGUGAAGAAGUCGCCAGGGGUGGACACACGCAAACUCUCCCUGGUGGUCAUGGAGCGUCCGUCUCCGCCUAAGUGUUCAGUGGAGGGGGGAGAGGCGGUUGGGCGGCCCGUGACACUACGCUGCAGGUCCCUCCAGGGCUCCACUCCUAUGUCCUACCAGUGGAAGAGGGAGAUCGGAGGGCCCACACCCCCGGAGGCCACGGAGGACACUCUGACAGGGGAGCUGAAGAUCAGCAAUCACUCUGAGGCCUUCACGGGCAUCUACACCUGUGAGGUCAGCAACAGCGUGGGCAAAGGACGCUGCAAGAUCAACCUGAGAGCCCUCAAGCCUCCCAAUAAGGCUGGCGUGGUGGCAGGGACUGUGGUGGGGGUCCUCCUGCUGGUCAUCAUCAUCGCCAUCGUCAUCUGGCUGCUGGUGUUCAGGCGACAGCCCAGAUUCGAGAAGGAGGUGUCCAAUGAUAUCAGAGAGGAUGUCCCGCCCCCAGAGAGCCGUCCAGCCAGCCGCAUGUCCAGUCGUAACAGGGGCGUGGGCUACAGUCCAGUGGAGGGGGCCUCUCAGUUCCCAUCCUCCUCCAGCACCAGCUACUCGGCCAACAAGUACGAGUACGACAGCCGCUUUGGCUACGCCGUCUGAGCCUUAGACAUACAGCACACAGUAUGCAUACUGGCCCACUGUUCUGACACGUAAACGUCUCCACCAUAUUGCUUGUGGAGCCAUGCCCCUUGAACCUCUAUACAAAGAAAUAAAUGUAAAUGUCUCUGGCCUGAGCCGUGUGGGAUCGGCCAUGCCACACACUGCAGGCCAAUGAAUGGGAUCUCAGACUUUUCAAAUAGGCAUACGUGUACAGCAGGUACAAUUUCAGUGUCACUGGCCAAUUUGGCAGGUAGCUUAUUCUAUGGUAUGACAUAUCAGAAUAGUGUAUAUUCUGCAUUUCGCCCCUUCUGUGUCAAUUGUUUGUGUCUAAGUUCAAGAAAAAGCUCAGUUACUCAGUUUCUAUGUGUUUGUUUUAUUUCCAUGUAGAAACCCAUGCACUCAUCUUCUUGCUUUAAGCACCUCAUCUUCUGAGGUCAUGAUUUAAAAAAAUAUGUAAAAAUACAUAAAAAAAUAUGUGGCUAGUAGAAUAGCUGGAUGGCUAGUGACCGGCAGUGGCCGGCAAGCAAAAAACGUAAGCCCUGGUGUACAGUAUAACAAUAAUUGAUGUAUGUGUGCUCAAGGGCAUCACUCCAGCCUCCUCACAGUCACAGUGUCAGUCAGACCUACAGCUCAUGUACCACAGCACAGCUUGCCAUAGUAGUAGGCCACCUGUUACAGGCAUAGUGAAGGUCGGAGUGAAAGACACACACACACAGAUAGGCACACAUGCACAGGCACGCACGCACGCACGUGCGCGCACACACACAAACACACACAUGCACACACCCAUACAAACGCACACACGUGCACACAUAGACAUACACAUACACGCAUACAGUCAUAUGUGCAUGUACACAAACAAAGAUACACAUGCACAUAUGUGCAUGUACACACGCAAAAUAUACAUGUCCUUGGAGGGUUUAUUUACACACACACACACACACACACACACACACACACACACACACACACACACACACACACACACACACACACACACACACACACACACACACACAGGGGCGGAGUGGCCCACCUUUUCCCACCGGGAGAAUUUUCCCCUU